AGGCCGGAAACAGAAUGGCCGGAGCAAAGGUCGACGCAGUCUUGGGAGACGGAUGAAGAAUUGCGGCCCUGCAUGGUGCACCGGGAAAACCUUGUCGAAGAUGUCUACCAGAUCGGCAAGUUUUCUAAGUGGGAGCGUUUGUUAAGAGCGGUGGCAUACGUCCAUCGCUAUAUCGUCAACUGUUAUCGCAAAAGCAAGAAGCAGGAGCUGAUCACGGGGUACUUGAGGCAGGAGGAGCUGCGGAAUGCAGAGAACGACUUGUGGCGCUUAGCGCAGGCAUCCGCAUAUCCGGAGGAAGUCUUCGUACUGAAACAAGAAGACGGGAACGCGAAGAAGCGCAUCGAGAGGACUAGCCCGGUCUACAAACUGUCACCGUUCUUGGAUGAGCACGGCGUGAUGCGGGUGGACAGUCGUAUUGGUGCAGUUCCGUACGUUACGUACGACUUCAAAUUCCCGAUAAUCCUGCCUCGUCAUCAUCAUCUCACCAAGCUAAUCGUCGACUGGCAUCACCGUCGGUAUCUACACGCUAACCACGAGACAGUACUCAAUGAAGCUCGACAGCGAUUCCACGUUUCCAAUCUUCGCACUGUAAUACGACAAGUUAUUAAGGAGUGCCAGGCAUGCAAGAUCACCAAAGCAGCUCCUGUACAACCAAGGAUGGCUCCCCUUCCAGAGUCACGCCUAGCGGCCAUGGCACGUCCGUUCUCUUAUGUUGGGCUGGAUUACUUCGGACCUAUUCAGGUCCGCGUCGGACGCAGCUGCGUCAAACGAUGGGUGGCCUUGUUUACAUGCCUUACCGUGAGAGCCGUACACCUGGAGGUCGUGCAUUCCCUUUCAACGGAAUCGUGCAAGAUGGCAGUCCGCCGGUUUGUGGCUCGCCGUGGGUCGCCCCUCGAGAUUCGUUCAGACAACGGCACAAAUUUUCAGGGAGCCAGUCGAGAGCUGCGUGAUCAGAUCGGAGCCAUCGAUCAACAACUGGCGGAAACCUUUACCAACUCUAACACAAGAUGGACCUUCAACCCUCCAUCCGCUCCACACUUUGGUGGUUCUUGGGAGCGACUCGUGAGGUCAGUCAAGAUAGCACUCGGUUCACUGUGCACGGAUAGGAACCCGGACGAUGAGACACUGUUGACGGUCAUCGUUGAAGCUGAGUCUAUAGUUAACUCCAGGCCGUUAACCUCCAUUCCCCUGGAGAGCGUCAACCAGGAGGCCCUGACACCGAACCAUUUCAUCUUACUGAGCUCCAGUGGAGUCGCGCAACCUCCUACGAUUCUGGCGGAGCCACUGAAGAUUACCCGAACGAACUGGAAGAUGGCGAGGCAGCUAGUUGAUCAUUUUUGGCGACGCUGGAUUAAAGAAUACCUUCCAACGAUUGCAAUCAGAAGUAAAUGGAUUAGCGAAACGGAUAGCCUCAAGGUGAACGACCUUGUUCUUAUUGUUGAUGAAGGUCUACGUAAUGGAUGGAUGAGAGGUCGAGUUACGGCGGUGAUUCCGGGAAGCGAUGGACGCAUUCGUCAAGCCAUGGUUCAGACCGCUGGAGGGGUUUUUCGGCGACCAGUGACGAAGUUGGCAGUGCUCCAGGUGCAAGGCGAUGGUAACACAACGUCAGCAGUGGAGUCACAGGCGUGUUACGGGUCGGGGGAUGUUGCCAACGCUGGCAGCACUGAUAAUUUGAAUAUUGAAUCGACCCAAGAUACCCCCCGAUCGAACUCUGCGCACACCAACCGACUGACGUCAAUCGAUGCGUACUGAAAGUCAGGUUCGCGUAUCGAACGUCAGAAUGAGGAGAUAGAUAUGCAAUAUUGCAAGUCAUCAAUGUUACAGUUGUGUAGGAUGAAAUUGGUUGAUUUAUAAUUACUAUUGAAUUUGCAAAGUUUAUUUGAAUUUGUACACCAGUUAUUAUCUAGGAUUAUUAGCUUCUUGCUCCGAGGUUAUCGUAACAGAAUUAAAACCAUCCGUGUAAAGGCGAGUGUAAAGGUCUAGGCUCGUGAGUGAAUUCGAUUCGUAGGCUGUAAGUUUCUUACCUAAAUCUACCGAUCUACCUAAACUAAGAAAAUUAAUUUUACUACUUGGUAGAUAUUCCUUCACUUCAGUUGAGGAAAGUUAGAACAUUGUUGGGAAAGAUAUUACUGAGGAGACUGGUUUGUAAGUUGAAAUGAAACUAGUAUGUCUGAGCGAAAUUAUUAAUAAAUAUCUCCCCCAGCUUAAAGAAUACAGCACCAAACAUCAAACGUGCGAUUCUCUUAAGAGCUCCGAAAGUCACCCAA